AGGAAGAAGAGGAGAAAGAGGAAGAAGAGGAAGAGAAGGAAGAAGAAGAAGAAGAAGAAGAAGCAGAAGGAUAAAGCGUGGAUUGGUGUGGAGGGGUGUAUCCGGUAGGAGCGCAGUGCCAGACCGACAGUCGCACCCCGUCUUCGUCGUCGUCGUAUUCGAAGCCACCCCACAAUUGUCAUUGCGCGGUGUGUGACGGAGAACGUCACCGAAGAAGUAACCAAGUUGGAACGAAGGAAAGGGAGGAAGAAGGGAGGAAGGAACGUUGGAAUGGAUGGCUGAGAUCGGUGCUAAUAAGAUACGAUAUAGAAAAAAUUGGAACGAUUUAGUAAAACGAUCGGCAAGUUUUCCGAAAGGGCGGGGGCGCGAGAAAGAGGGUGUUGGAGAUAAAUAGGGUAAGAGAGGUAGAGGGGGUGAGAAAGAGAUAGAGAUAGAGAUAGAGAUAGAGAGAGAGAGAGAUAGAUAGAUAGAUAGAUAGAUAGAUAGAUAGAUAGAUAGGUAGAUAGAUAGAUAGAGAGAGAGAGCGAGAGAGAGAGAGAAAGAGAGAGAGGGAACGAGCGCGAGCUAGAGUUUCGGCUGGCAUGGUGGCGGUGCAUCCGGUUAAGGAGCUGCCCUCGCCGUGCCCAUGACGAGGCUGCAGAUCUUCCACCAGCGUCAGGCAGAAAAGACGAAGCCGGUGUGGCUGGGAGCGUCGAAGAAGGCCCGCUCCGUCAUCCGCAUCCGCGAGGAGCUCAACGACGACGACGACGAGGACAAAGAGAAGAAGAGAAAGAAGAACGGGUUCGAAGUUCCUCGUCCUACGACGACGGCAGUGAGCGACGGACGGCCGCGACGGAGACGUCGGCGCCGUUACGACGACGUCGACGACGAAUUGUGCUGGGACGUUCCUGAGGACGGUGCCGUCGCCGGAGCCGUCGUCGUCGAGCGUUUUCGCGGGUGCACUAGGUGUUGCGUUAUUUGUGGGUGCUACGGGUGCCGGUGUUGGGAAUACGCGUCAACGAAUUCCCUUCCUCUUCUUUUUCUUCUUCUUCUUCUUAUUAUUAUUAUUAAAAAUAAUCGGGGAUUACAAGAUUCGUAAUAAUAAGCAACCUCGUGGGCAGCUGCUGCCGCCUUCUCAAUAUGCCGCGUUGCCUCAUGGCCAAGAAAUGGAAGGCUUAUCCCUGGCCCGAUCGGCUCGAUGAUCAGCAACACGAGCAAAACGGCUCGGUCGGUAUCGAACAGGAACACGUUAACACCACGACUACCGGUCAUGAUCUCCAUAGAAAUUCUUCUUCCUUGGUUAUGGACAAGAAACAUAAUAGGCAACACCACGAGCCUGAGGAAGAGGAGAUCGACGUUGUCGGUGAUAGCGAUAACAGGCAGGUCGAUCAUCAGCAAACCUGUUGGGGUCCUCACAGUCCUACCGCUGGUGCUACCGCGCCAAGUCCACCACCGUUGAAUGCUUCUGGCGCUCUUUAUUAUCACGGUUAUACGCACGAAGCAUGGAUCAGUCACGAGGAGCCACCGAAAUACGCAACUUUGCGAUCGGCUGCGGAAUUGGCACAGCCAGUGGUGCCUUCGCCACCCCCACAGGAUAUACCAGUUGUCUCGAGCGAUGGAGCGUCUCUGCAACCGACACCUACGCCCUCCAACGUUACUACGAUCUCCCACAGUUUACCACCAAGAAAAAGCUUGUCCAUGUGUUUUACCAGCACCGGCACCGCUCUAUCCUUGCCACCUAAGAAGAAGGACAUAUAUCGGCCUUAUAGUCUUCAACCAACCACCGAAAUACGUACCUCGGCCGAGGAAGAUCUAUCAGCGGCUCAAGCUAUCCUCGAUUUGAGUGCCUCACCAGCAGCACCCACGCAUUCCGUUUUCAUUCAUACUCUCUCGGCACCCCAGACGACUCAAGCACAACCUAUCGUGCAAUUGCAACAACAACAACAACAACAGCAACAACAACAGCAACAGCAACACCACCAGCAACACCAGCAACAACAACCGACCCAACAAUUACAAAGAGCACCUUCGCCCCAACCGAUACCGGUUUCCGUUUUGGUGCCAGUACCAACGUCUCAAAAUGCUCAGCUUCGUCAGCAAGAACAUGCGCCACCUCAGCCCCAAUCUCCGGCCACUGCGGAAGGCAACGUUUCUGGAAAUUGUAACGGAAGGGACGGUAGCGGUAAUGGUGCCAGCAAAACGGUCGCCUACACCUACGAGGCCUUCUUUGUGUCCGAUGGUCGUUCGAAACGUCGCGGGAGUAACAAUGGUGCCGUGGUGCCCGAUAAAGAAGCCGUUCAACCGGACAGGCCAAAGUUCACAUGCACCGAAUGCGGCAAACAAUAUGCUACCUCGUCGAAUUUAUCGCGGCACAAGCAAACUCAUCGUAGUCUCGAUUCUCAGUCGGCAAAGAAGUGCAUUCACUGUGGCAAGGCGUAUGUCAGCAUGCCAGCCCUGGCGAUGCACGUGCUAACGCACAAGCUCGCCCACAGCUGUGGUGUUUGCGGGAAGAUGUUCUCAAGGCCUUGGCUACUUCAGGGUCAUCUUCGUAGCCACACAGGUGAGAAGCCUUACGGAUGCGCACACUGCGGUAAGGCAUUUGCCGAUCGUUCGAAUCUGCGCGCGCACAUGCAAACCCAUUCGGCCGACAAGAAUUACGAGUGCUCGAGAUGUCACAAAACGUUCGCUCUUAAAUCCUAUUUAAACAAGCAUCUCGAAUCUGCCUGUCUUCGGGACGAAGAUGUUCAACAACAACAGCAACAACAUCAACAUCAGCAUUGUACCAACGGACCUCAACAACAACAACAACAACAACAACAACAACAACAGCAGCAGCAGCAACAGCAGCAGCAGCAACAUCAGCAGAGUCCAAAUCGAGGCUUGUAGCAGCGUUACGAGAAAUUCAACAGGCUCGACGGCUGUGCCACUGCAAACUCUCUCAGAGAAAGCUAGCGGCUUCUCGCGGUAGUUGGAUAAAUGACAAAAUGGGGAAAGAAGAAGAAAGAGCAAGAUAUGCAGAAAGAGAGAAAGAGAGAGAGCGAGCAAGCGAGCAACAAAGCAAGAAAGCAAACAAGCAAGCAAACAAGCAAGCAAGUAAACAAGAAAGCAAGCAAACAAGCGAAAGCAUCGAACGGGUCGAUCUUUAAAAAGGUUUGCCAUAGAUAUUAAGUAGUAAAGUGCCAGUGAAGAGGAAGAAAUUAAAGACGGUAGGUAAUGAUGAAAGAGAAGGAAGACAUAGUCGGUGAUCAAUAAUGUCUAACAUUUUCAAAAACGUCCAGUAAUAUUUAAGUCUUAAAAGAAACAAAGAGAGAACAAGAAAAAACAAAACAAAAAAAUUAAGAAGAACGUACACACACUUACAUACAUACACAUGUACACACACACACACGUCGAACGAUUGACGUCCACACUGCUAUCUAGUCAUCUUAGUCGGUUAUACCUAUUACAUUACUAUAUUAUAUAUUAUUAUAUUAUAUUAUAUUAUUAUAUAUAUAUAGUAUAUAUAUAUAUAUAUUUACUAGCGCGUACGAUACUAGUCGCGAGCUCGUUAACGAAGGCACUAUUUAUCUCAAAUAACUUAAAAUUAGCUGAACUUAAAUCCGCAAUGGAUUUUCAAUGGUAUCAACAUAAAAAUAUCUCACGAAAGAAAAAAAAAAAUAAUAAUCUUUUUCGAAUUAUUGAGAUGAUAAUAAUGACGAUGACGCGGAACGUUGUGAUACAAAUCGCGUCGACAUUUUUUAAGGUCUUUUCGGUCUUCGACGAAUGAUACAAUUAUAAUCGUAUCAUACGACACGAACUUCUUAACGAAAUUUUCGUAACGAAGAUGAUUCUUGAAGUAUACUCGCUAAUGAUUUUAGAAAAUUCGUCGAGAAAGAGAACUAGAGAGAAAGAAAAGAGAAAGAGAAAGAGAGAUAUAUAUAUAUAUAAAACAUACGUAUCGAGACGUAUGAGAAUGAAUUAUAUCGUCGGUUCCAUUUCAAUUUCAAAAUAUGAAAUAUUAAAAAAGAAAAGAAAUAAAAAUUAAAAGGAAUAAAGUAGCUGAUGAAAUAAUAGCACGCGUAAAUAUAUAGAUAUAUGCAAAAAAUACAAUGAAGAAGAAAAAGAAAUGCGAACGUCUGUUUAAUUCGAACACAGAAAGAAUUGAAAAAUAAAAGGGGGGAAUACUAUUUGGUAUGUUGCGGACAAUUUGUUCGUAUAUACAUAUAUGUAUAUAUAUAUGUAUAUAUACAUACAUAUAUACACAUAUAUAUGUAUGUGUGUGUGCAUAUGUGUGUGUAUAUAUAUGUAUAUAUGUAUACGUGCUAUUUCGGUUGGGAUCGAUCAGAUUAUAAUAAUGUGGAACUAACGACAUACAAUAUACACACAUAUAUACACACACACGCACAUAUACAUACAUAUAUAUAUAUAUAUAUAUACUCGUACAUUCGCGCGAACAAUUCCAAGAGGCAAUUACGCUGCGCAUUACCGAAUCGCGUUUAUUAUAAUCGUUUAUCGCGCUUCUUUUAUUGCACGUUUGCGCAAUAUCAUUAUUAUUAUUACUAUUGUUAUUAUUAUUAUUAUUAUCAUUAUUAUCAUUAUUAUUAUUAUUAUCAUUAUUAUUAUUAUUAUCAUUAUUAUUAUUAUUCGAAUGAGAAAGGUGAUUCGAUUCGUGACGAAUUAACGCGCGUUUGGACAAUUACAAAAUAUUUCUUUUCUAUCCCUCGUUUAACGUUUCUAUAUACUUUUUCUGUACGUAUAUGGUAUUUAUAUUCUUCUCCUCUCCAUUUAUACGCGAUUUCGGUCUGCGCAUGCACAAACUCACGAACGUGCAAAUACGGUUAUACAAAGAAAAAGGGAGAGAGAAGUACGUGGCAAUUCAGAAGGUACGAUUAUAUCUGUGUAUUCCGUGUUGAUCGGUCGGCCAUAUGUAUUAUUAAUCGCGGAUAUAUGAAAAAAAAGAAAAGAAAAAAGGAAAGAAAGGAAGGAAACUAUAAAAGCGAUAAUAAUCGAGAUUUUACUCUCGUUUUUUUCUAUUACUUUUUUCUUUUUCUUUUUUUUUGAUUUCUUUUUCUUUUUUCAUUUCUUUUUCACUUUUUCAAUGAAUCGUCUGAAUGGAAUCAAGGUAUUUACAACGAUUGUUGUGUGCGAGCGUAUUCUUUCUCUCACGUGAAACAUUUUAUUUAUUUAUAUUGCGAUUGUUCCUUUCUUCUCUCGUUUUUUUUUUGUUUGACUUCUUUUCACCGAUUAUUCUUUUUUUCUUUUUCUUUAUUUCGUAUUAUUGGCCAUCAGUCAUGAAUAUAACAACGAAGAUACAAUCGUAUCUUUCGAAUAUAGACUCUGUAUAUAUAUAUAUUAUACGCUUAAGCAUGAACACGUACACACACACGCAUAUACACGUACACACACGCGCAAGCACGUUUCUCGCGUGUAUUUUAGGGUGAAGAAGAGGGGAAAGGAAUAGUGAAAAGAAAAAAAAGUAAAAAAGAAAAAAAAGAAAAAUAGAGAAAAAAUCUAACUAAAGUAAACUAAAACUAAAACUAAAACUAAACCUAAAACUAAACCUAAAACUAAAAUUAAACACACGAGAAAUAAUAGAUGCGUAACGUUGGUAUACACGUAUUUUAUAGAGGCAAUAUUAAAAAGGAAAAAAAAAAGAAAAGAAAAAGAUAAAAAAAAAAAUAAAAUGAUUUAAAAAAAAAAAGAAUCUCUAUGACGACACGUACGGGGUCAAAAAAGCAAUGUUUCGAAACAACGAACUAUAUACAUUUAUAGGCGAACAUCGAAGUUUAACGAAACCGCAAUUAUUAUUAUUAUCUUCUUUCGCGCUUCGGCAAUAGCGACCGAUCGUCCCGCCACACCCUUCGAAAUAACUCACUUAUAUGUAUAUACAUAUUACGUGUAUAUAUAUAUACAUAUAUAUAUAUAUAUAUAUAUAUAUAUAUAUAUUCUUCAUAAAUUAUUUUCACUUCGGUAUUUUUAAUAAGGACGACAAGAAAAGAGAAAUCAAUUUUGAAAUCUUACAUCUACGUUGACGUGAAGAAUCGAAAAUUAACGAGGAGCACACUGCCGUCGAAGAAGCAGUCGAAUUUUGACAUGAUUUUUCGAAAGGAAAUUUCUUCUUUCUUUUUUUUUAACUUCAACGUGAGAAAACGCUAAAGUAUAAGUCGAAAAGAAAUUUAUCACGAGGGAAAAAAAGAAAAAGAAGGACGAAAGAAAGAAAGGAACCAAAUAGAAUUACUUCAAAGAAACGAACCUGUUUUUCUUCAUAUUUCUGCUAUUUUUUUACCUCUUAUUCUUUUUUUUUUUUUUUUUGUAUUUAUUUAUUCUCUUUUUAAUCGAGCAAGAAUGCGCGAAAUCAUUUUGGUAUUUCUGCGGCAACGAAGUCCAAGGUAGAAAUGAGAGAAAACGAAGAGAAAGAGGUAGAGAGAGAAAGAGAAUGAGAGUGAGAGUAAGAGAGAAAGAGAAAAACACAAUGGCGCGUUAUUAAAAAGAGAGCUUGAGCCACGCGCGACGUAAUUAAUGCGCGUGCCAACCACGCAGAAGCUCGACUCGCUGGGUUCCUCCCUCGUUGACCCAGAUUUUCGCGGCAAACACUUCGAUUAAUCUCGAAUCUCGAACAAGGUAAAAGUUGUCGCUCGUUUUUUCGAAUAAUAAAUUUCACGUGAUAUUCAUUUAUUUUUUUUUUAAGUUUACCAAAAAAAAGGAAAAGAGAGAGAUAAAAGGAAGAAAAAGGGAAAAACAAAAGAAUUUUUUUAAAUCUCCCGCUUAUUUUUUUGCAAUAGUUAUUAGCGGGUGACGCGUAAAUUUUUGAACUCAAAAUGAACGAUAGGAGAGAAUAGGCCGCGAAAUUUGAUUUUUUUUUCUUUUUCUUCAAAGAUUCGAAAGAACAAAAGAGAGCGAGAGAAAGUGAAGAAAAACGGGAAGAAUUUAAGAAAUUGUUAAAGAAAUGUUUGAAUUUCCCGGCAUUUUUUUCAAUGGCCGGCGAAAGGAUCGCGACAUUUUCAACCAAAGAGGAGGAUAAUGAAAAAGGAACGAAAACACAACGAAAAAAGAGUAUGAAGAGGCAACGAAUGGAAAAAUAAAUAAAAUAAAAUAAAACUAUUAAUAUAAAUAAAAUAAAUUGAGACACUUUUACCCCGAAGGAGGGCAAAUUUGAAACACUUUAGAAUUUUGUGGGAGUGAGAAAGGGUGUGGCUGUGGCCUGUGUGGCUAAAAAUAAAAGGGGAAGAAAUGAAAGGAAGGAUAAGAAAAGAAAAAGAUAAAGAAUAAAGAAAAAACAAAAGAAAAAAAGAGAAAAGAAAAGAAAAUCCUUCGGAUUUAUAAAAGUCACGCGAUGAUCGUUGUUUUAGCCCCACGUCCCAAAUUGGCGACGAUCGUCUUGAGAAUAAUUUUAUAAUAAUAAUAUAAUAAUAAUAAUAAUAAUAAUAAUAAUAAUAAUAAUAAUAAUAAUAAUAAUAAUUAUAAUUAUAAUAAAUUAAUCAUCGUCACCGCAGACACACAUACACGCGCACACGCGUGCACAUACACAUCGUCGUGUCAUAUCGUCAUCGUGAUGUUUUAAAACAUCGAGAAAGUGAGGGGUUUGAUUGUAUGUACGAACCAUGAAAAUUCUAUAUACAUAUAUAUAUAUUUUUUUUCUUGGUCCUUUGAAAGGGAAAAUUAAUUAAAAAGAGCAAAAAUAAAUAAAUGAAGAAAAGGAAAGAAAAGGAAAAGAAAACGGAACGAAAGGACGAGGAGCUUUAAAAGAUUGAUUUACAAAUAUUCAAAAAUUUAUCUUCGUACGUACGAUCGAAAUAAAUUCCUUCCUUGGCUCGUUCGUGUCCCGAUAAAUAAAUGAAAAGGAUUUAAAAAAAAAGGGGGAAGGAAACAAAUGAGAAUGAAAAAAGGGAAAAAGACGUAGAAAUGUUUUUACCUCGUCGCCGACCGUAGAGAGAAAAAGAGCAAUAAAUUCGAUAAGCAAUAAAUAAAUAAAUAAAUAAAUAAAUAAAUAAAUAAAUAAAUAAUUAAAUAAAUAAUCGAUUAAUCGCGCAUAGAAUUCGCAAACGAAGGAAAACGAAAUGCACCAUGUUGUUUAAUAAACUCGAACUAAAAUAUCCGUUUGAGAUAUUCGAAAAUAUGAUUUUUUGGAUGUAAAAAAGAAAAGAAGAAAGAAAAAGAAAAAGCAGAAAGAAAAAAAGAAAAAAAAAAGAAAAAAAGAUAGGUAAGGGAAGUCACCGAUAGUACAUGAAAAUUUCAUUUUUAAGUAAAACUUUAGAAAAAAUAGAUAUAGAUAAUAAUAUAUUGUCGGCAUUUGCGUUUAUGUAUGUUGCGUUAAGUUAUAAUAAUAUUAAUUUUAAUUUUAUUUAUUAAUCUAGUCGGACAUUACGCUUUUUAAUUAAUUCUUUUUUUAUAUUUAUUAUUUUGUUUUUGUUUAAAUUUUUUUCUUUUUUUUAUAUAUAUAUAUACACAUCUUUUUUAUUUAUUUAAUUCUAUUAUAUUUUUCUUUUUAUUUUUUAUCACAUUGUUGUCAAUAUUAUAUUUAUUAUAUUUAUUCUCUAGAUCCUAUAAAUAUUUUUUUAUAUUUAUCUAAUAUUGUAUCAAUAUUUAUUUAUUUAUGUAUUUAUUUUAUACAUUACUUUCUGUUCUUUUUUUUCUUUAUUAAUUAAUAAUAAUAAACUUAUCUAAUCGGUACAUAACAUCAUCCUCCCAUUACGAAAACUAACGCGUGCAAUUUCGACUUGUAAUUUUUUAUUUCCCUUAUUGAUAAAGAGAAAAAGUUGCCAUACGCAAUAUAAUACGUAUAAUAUAAACGUAUACACGGACACACUUAUAAUAUACAUACGUUUACAUAUACAUUUACACUAGAAAAAUAACUAAAAUUAAAAUAUAGUCUCCUGUAGUUGAUAUAUAGUCUAUAUAAUAUUAUAUUAUAUUAAACAUUUGAAACGUCGGAAAGAAAAAUGUAUACGGUCAAUAUCCGUAAUAUUUAAUAUAAACAUAUAUAUAUAUAUAUAAAUCAUCGAUAUUGCAACAAAUUCAAUGAUAAAAAAAUGAUGAUCUUUUGACGCGCGGAUUAAAUCGAGUAUAUUGGGUUGCAAUGGUUCGUCUUUAAAAUUUUCAAAAAAAAAGGAAGAAAAAGAAGAAAAGAAAAAAGAGAAAUUGAAAAAGAAUUUCUCUUAUCGAGAAUGUUGAUAAUAAUCACUAUAAAUAAAUAAAAUUGAAACGGGAAGAGGAGAACACGCGAAUACGUGACAUAGGGAUAGAAAUCAAAAUGGCACGUACAAAGUUCUCCACGAUAAUUUCUCUCGUUAUGUGCCGCAAUUCCUUGACUCGAAUGUCCUCUUUAGAUAAAGUCUCAUAGUAAUUCGUUAAACUACUUGACGCGAGGUCGAAACUUAAAUGGAAGAUAGGAACACGAUUAACCUAAAUGUUUUCUGUUCUUAGUAAUUAACCGAUAUACCAUGUAACUUCUCUCUUCAUUAUCUUCGUUUUUUUUUUUUUUUAAAUAAAACUAUUUUUUAAAAAGCAAACAAAAGGAAAAAGAAAGAAAAAUUACGGAGAAAUAUCGUGUAAGCACGUGUUUCCAUAUGUCUCGCGAGUCGAAGGUUAUUACUAAAAAAAAGAAAAAGAAUAAUAAUAAAUAAAUAAAUAAUAAUUGAAAUAAGCGAUAGAAAUCAAUUUACAAUUGAUAAAUAAUGAAUAAACAAAGACGAACCAUAUAUAAAUCACGUAUUUAAGCUCGGUCCACGUUUACUAUCGUCUUAUCAGUAAAUCCGAUUAAUAUUUGCCGGUAUUUAUAUGCAUAUAUUAAAACGAAGAGACAUAGAUGAGGAAAAGUAAUUACACUAUAAUUAUGAGAAUAAUAUCAAGAAUGAAACAACGUUUCGUAAGAGAUUUUCGUUGUUGUUAUUGUUGUUGUUGUUGUCGUUUUUAAUUGCUUUUUCUUUUCUUCGUUAUUUUUCUCUGUUAAUAACAAUACAUACACUACAUACACGGACAUAAAGCAUUCAUUCACGUAUAUAGAUUUUACAAUUAAAGAUCGUCGAAAUAUCGGAAUUAAAUUAAAAGAAAAAAGAAAAAAAAAAGAAAAAAAGCAAAAACCGCGACUUGUGUGAGAGAAAGACUGUCGUGCUUUCCCUUCCUUCAUAAAUGAAAAUACAAACAUGAAAGACAAAGAAAGAGAGAAAGAGAAAGAGAGAGAGAGAGAAAAGAAGUGAAAAAGAGAUAUACAUAAUUAAAAAAAAAAAAACAAAAAAAAAGAAAAAAGAAAUGAAAAAAAUAUUAAUAAAAUAAAGGUGGUCCAACGAAAAUGUAACUCCAACGAGGUAUAUUUCGUAUUCGCUGAUAUAUAUAUAUGUAUGUGUGUGUGUAUAUAUAUAUAUAUAUAUACAUACAUAUAUACAGACAUAUAUAUUCUUUCGCGCUUUUCUUCUUAGCCAACGACAUUGAUAAGAGAGAUACAUAAAAGUAAUAAGUGAAUAUUAUUAUAAACGUUAAAAAAACAACUAAAAAAAACGCUUAAUAAAUUUAGUGAGAGAGUACGUGGAACGCGUAUUUAAAUUUAACGAAAAAGAAAAAAAAAGAAAAGAAAAAAUAAAAAAGAAAAAAAAGAAAUAGAAAAAUGAAAGGACGACGAUAUUUAUCUAAUACGAAUAAAAGAGAGAGAGAGAGAGAGAGAGAGAGAGAGAAAAGAUUUUAUUGAAUAAUUAUACGAGAGACGAAUAUGCUCUUGAAAUAUUUCGUAUGUGCAUACGUAAAUACAUACAAAAACACACGCACACAUAUAUAUAUGUAUAUACAUAUACAUAUGUAUAUACAUAUAUAUAUGUAUGUAUAUAUAUUUCAGGUAACACGGGUCAUGGCAUUUUCAAUUCUUCGCUAUUGCCGGCGAACUUUCUCUCGACACGCUUUUUUUCCCCUUCCAUUUUCUUUUUCUAUCGAAUCGAUUGAAUUCAAUUGAAUCUUCUCGAAUUCUAUUUCAUAUUUCUCGCCUUUCUUCGUCGUCUUUCAAUACAUUAAAUCUCUCUAUCGACGCGUUGUUGUGUGAAUCCUUAUCUACGAAAUUCUAUAUCCUAUGCAUAUAUCGCUUAUGUAGUAUGCUUAUUACUAUACACAUAUAAGGCACACUCACUUAUACACAUACAGACACAUAGUACACGCACAGAUUUAUACGUGCGAACGAGAUACUAUUAUAUAUACAUAUAUACAUACAUAAAUAUAUACAUAUAUACGUACAUGUAUAUAUAUAUGUAUAUAUAUAUACUCAUAUAUAUAUAUACACACACAUACCUAUUUAGAUGCUUUACAAGCGCGCUGCUUUUAAUUACUUAAUACCCUAAAAGUUAUUAACGUUAUACUAUCGUAAUAAUCUCUAACUAGCGUAACACUCUUAAUCUUCCUUCAAAUUGAACCAUCUAACCUUCCGCCGGUGGCCGAUUAUAUAUCUUAUACAUAUUAUCUAAUAAAAUAUCAUAUUUCUCUGCUCAACAUUCGCAAGUGGGAGCUUCCUUUUUGCCAGAGAGUUUAAAAGGAAAGAGGAAAAGAAAAUAGAAAAAAAAAAUGGGAGAAAAAAAUGAGACAAAGAGAGACAGAGAAAAAGGUUUAUCCUAGAAAGACUGUCUAUGAUUUUCACUGCAAGAACGUUGCGCUGCAUUAAUUUCAUUCUGUAUCGAGCACGAUCAAUCAUUUCAUCCCCGUUCCACCCCCUCCGACGUCUAUUUUUACUAUUUAAAAAAACGAUAUCUUUUGUGUAACACGUAUAAUAACGUCUUUUGACGAUGAUUCACGGUCGAUUAAUUAUUCUUCGCCUUUUUUUUUCUUUUUAUUUUUACUUUCUUUUUUCUUAAAAGUUCGUCCGCGGUAUAAAGUGGUACGUAUAAAUAAAUGAAAAAUAGUUCACCAAAUGUCAGACGAUCGCGAAUUAACGUUCAUUUAAUGCUGAUUUUAGCGCUCUUUCUUAAUUUUAUUGCGGAAUAGAUUCGAGAUGACAUCAACACUUUUAAGAGCAUCGUAUAUUAAGAGCAUCGUAUAUACCGAUGGUGAACGAAUAUUUGUUUUUGUUGGAUUCAAUGGGGGUGGAUGGAAAGAAGAGCGGUGGUUAUUGACAUUUUACAGUACAGACGUUGCGUAAGCGUAAAUUUACACGAGAUAAUAUAAAAAUCUUAUUUUCUUUUUUUUUGUUUCCUCUUCUUAUAAAGAUCCAACGCGAUCGAUAAAAAAUGGAAACGAUUUCUCGCUUCGUUAGACGGCGUUGAAAAUUGGGAUUCAAGAAAAUCAACCGAGUAAAGAAUAAUUUUUUUUAUAGAAAAAUAGAAAGAAAAAUAGGGCGGAGUGACAGAGAAAAGAGAUGUAAAUAGAUAGAUAGGUAGAGAGAAAGGGAGAGAGAGAGAGAGAGAUAAAAAAAAAAUUUUUUGUCAUUAACAGGCAGCGCAACGGAUCACUGCAUUUCUUCUCCGACUUGUUCUCCUCGACUGGCCGGGCGCGCUGUUCUUUCUAUUCGUGUCAAGUAUCUUUCGCGAACACUGUCGUCUGUGGGAUAUUAGAAAAGUUUCAUCUUGCAGAUU